ACUUGGAACGGAGUCGAAGAAAUCUCGUUUGUUUUCCUUUCUUUCUCUCUCGCGUGGAGAGCGACGUCACGGGGACGGACAGAUCCGGGAAGGAGCUUUGAAGUCAGCAUGUGUGGGGGCUGCGUGAAGACGGAGUACCCGCCUCGGGGUAACACUUGCUUGGAGAACGGAUCCUAUUUGAUGAACUACGUUGGUUGUGCUGAAUGCAAAACACGGGAUUUUGUGAUGAUUGUGAACAAAGCAACAGAAGAUGAGGAUGGAGAGGAAAUUAUCACUUAUGACCAUGUAUGUAAGAAUUGUCAUCAUGUGAUAGCCAGGCACGAAUAUACUUUUGGGGUAGUGGACGAUUACCAGGAAUACACCAUGCUGUGCAUGCUCUGCGGCAGGGCAGAAGAUUCUAUCAGUGUCUUGCCUGAUGAUCCUCAUCUGAUGACUCCAUUGUUCUGAAGUGUUUUGAUUUUUCUCAGCCAUUGUAUCAUAUAUUGUACCAAGUGACAGGAACUCAUGGAAUAUGACAUUUACACAACACAAAUGCACACUCUGUUCAAUCCAUGUGGGAAGUCAAGUGAUAAAGGGUCAAAAAAUAGCAGCUUGGUUUACCAUCAACAGAACUGAAGUCUCUAUUCUAAGCAAGCAUAAGGAAGAGGAAAAAAAAGUUUCAUUUGCUGAAAGCUUCAUAAAAUGUUAGAAAAGGCAGAGAAGCUGCCUGCUACUUUUGGUCUUCUUUAAUGUUUUCUCUUUAAUGUUUUGCAGUCAGAAUGCUGCAAUCAAUGUUAUUGGCAUCAUAGGGGAUGCUGUGUUUUGCAGAAAACUUUGGAAAGGACCAAAACAGGAGGACCUUUUUGUGACUAUUUCUUUCCCUCUGCAAUACCUACUUCUGCCUCCAGCUCUCCAUAUUUGAUGGAGGACUCCCCAAAAACGAAAGAAUUCUGAUUUGCAGGACAUGCAAAAAAAAAAAGCACCAGAAAUGCUUAUUGUUAUUGCGAAGUUUACUAUGUGUUAGGGGGGAAAAAGCUUUUUCCUUAAGCUAUCACGCACCAUGUAGAGCUUGGAGGAAGAGGCAAGAUCUCACAGAAAGCUUUAGAGAAGGAUACAAAUAGCAAGUGCUUCUGUGCCCCAAAUAUUCCUGCAAAUGAAAGAAGGACCCAUUUUUCUUCAAGCCUUCCAGAAAGCAUGGUUGACUCAUAGGAGAAUCAUGUAGUUUCACGUUCAUUAGAGAAUGGACAGAUGAAGAAAUCUUGCUGAUUCUAAUCUAAAUGACUGCUGAUGUGAACAUCCCAAGUGAUGGGAUACUUGCCCCCUGACAUGCUAAAGGUGGUGCAACCAGUUCCUGAGUUUAAGGGGGCAAUUACUUUUCAUACUGGCACAUCAUAUGUUGGGUGAUUGUUUAUGAAUUAAAUGAAACAAGCUCAAGAAUUUGGCAUUACAGUACUUGUUUGCUCAGAUUCCCUUUAUCAGUAGGACCCUCAUUAAUUUCAGUGGGAAAGAUACACAUCAAUUCAGAAAAUCUAAAAAAGGGCAAGCACUUUUUCACAGAACUGCAUUUGAUACAGCCCAGCAGUCUUCUGCGGUUCAUUUGUAAUGCCGGCCUGUGGUACAUAGCCUAUUUCAAUUAGGAUUUCAUUGUGAAAUUAGGGAGAGCAUCUGAUGUGAGACUAAUUAAACAGAAGUUUUGUCUUUAAGGAACUCAGUCAAGGGCCAUAAAUCUUUAGCCACUGAACCAUUUUUGAAUGCAAAUUACCUUAAACUGCCAUCAGCAAAUGUAAGAUUCAGUUCUCAUAUGCAAAAUUAGAAAGGGACCUGGUGUCUGCUAAUGGAUUCUAGAAACAUUGCCCUCUGUGGAAAUUAGUCCUUUCAGAAAGAGUGUACUGCUAUAAGUUGCAUGACCAAACUGCUCUGAUGAGAUGUGGAUUGAGAUGACUCUCUUUUGCCAAAAAUUUUGAUGACAGUGUCAUGAUUACUUUGCCUGCCCAAUUAAGUAGUUAGACACUGAUCUUUAACCACGAGACUAACACUAACCCAGGUCAUCUUGCCAAGCUAGUUAUUUAUGAGCAUAGAAUAUGAGACACUCAAGGCCAGUUGCCAUGGUAAGUAGGUAUGGUAAGGAGUAACUAUAAUUGCCAGACACUGGUAAUAAAUUCUAGGACUGUCACUUUUGGAAGUACAGUAGAUCUUGUAAGGCAGUUCUAGUUACAUUCUUAAUUGCAUUUGACCUAAACUGGCAGUGUUGAAAAUCUUUUACCUGAAUUACUGAAAUAUGCAAAAAAUAUUUGUGUAUAUUUAGACGUUUGCUGUGAAAUUAAAAGAUGCUUUAGCCUUUUUGUUAGGUAAGCUAGUGGGCAUAAGGUAUUCAUUGCUAAACAAAGAUGAUUCUAAUUUUUGUCAGGAGAGCAUUUAGCAUAUGCUUCUUUGCCCUAAAAUAAAUGUGACUGAAACCAGUUACGUCCAUUUUCUCUAAGCUUUACAAAACUAGCAGCAUCUUAGGCAGAAUCACAGAUUGUUUUUCCUGUUCCAGAGGAAACUUCUUAACCAUGUUGCUUAGUAAUAAUUUCUAGGGCCUGUUAUCUUAAAACUGUAUUGAUCUCAAUUCCUGGAAGGUUGGACAAAAUGGAAUAAUUAAUGACAGUAAUGGGUUUAUUUUUUUAAGCUAAAAGGAGGCCCUCUAGGACUUCACCUCCUGCUUAAAACCAUUAGGCACACAUUUGUUUUUGUUCUUACAUUUUGCACUCAGUACUUAAGGGAAAUGUUUCUGGCAGCAAAUCAAAAUCUGCGAAGAGACUCGGUUUGCCUCUUCUUGCUCCUCUCGCUAUUCCCAGAGUGUACAAUGACCACGGAAAUCUCUUGAUUCAACACCAGAAGGGACACAUUUCAGGAAUUAAGGCUUGCCAGCUAUUCACUGUAUCCCUUCCAUUUGGGGAGCAUGGAUUAUGCUGUCCAUAUUUUACUCUUUCAGAUACUUCUGGGGCGAUGGUGGUAGAGGUAGAAUGGAAAUUACUAGAAUUCUCCCACAUUCACUGUGGGCCAUACUUUUAAUGGAGAAUAGAUGAGCCAGUCUGCAAAAGCUGGACUUGCUCUGUAUGGCAUAUAAAUAUAGAAAAUAACCUGCAGGAUAAAACAAGAACAUUAUUCCAUAUGUGGGAAUAUUUCCAUUUGAUUCCAUUGUUCUUUCUCUUUGCAUUCCAAACUGAACCUCUGAAAUGGAUUUCACCCUGAAAAGAUUGGGGUGUACUGAAAUACCACUCCGGGUGCAUUUAGGCUCUCCUGGCUAAUCCCUGUCAGGGAUUGGUUGAAUUAAGCUGGAAAUCUCUAUAGAAAAAGUCUGCCCAGGAAUACAUAAUGUGGUUCCUGUUUGGCAGCUGGCAUGCCCUGAAGGAGGAUAGAAAAACAUUACCAGAAAAUAUGCUGUCUCUAGUAUAGCAAUUCCUGUAAUAGUCUUGUGCUACCCCUUGUUUGCCUGGCAGCCUGAGGAGUGAUCCUUCUGUUCAAAUAUUUUACGUGCAUUUUAAGUCUUUGCAUACUUACUGGAUAGAAUGCCAUCAACAGAGUAUGCUGCAUCGUCCACCGGUAGAUGGCAAGAGGGUGAUAUCUGCAGACAUUCCAUCUGCCCGUAGAAUUCGUGAAACCUGCACGGCUAUUCUCAAAUCCAAAUCAUGGAUGGGGGCAGUUUCUCCACCCCCAUCCUGAGUUAAAAAUGGGCCCUCUGUAAAUUAUGUGAAAGAAUGUUUUGAUUAAAUGGUGAAGACUCAUGAAUGUUUACAUAUGUGUGCCUCUGUAUGUUUAUACAGCAACAGUUUAUCUUCUUUAUAUUUAGAUGUAUAAAAUAUGAAUAUAUUAUUAUAUUCAUAUUUUAGAUGAUGAUAAUGGUUUAGACCAGGGUUUCCCAAACUGUGAGGUGUACUUCCCUUGGAGAGAUGCAAACAGAGUCCAGGGGAGGUGUAAAGAACCUUUUAGUUAUAUUGUUACAAUAA